AUGAAUUCGUAAAUCCAAUAAACCAGACUAAACCUAUCAAAACUUCGUCAAUACAGACUGCUCAAUUUUCAAUUAUUCAGAGUAGAAAUCGCCCCCACUGUUUAAAUGGAUGCUGCAUUCAUCUGGAAUCUUUCCAAACUUGGACGUAUUGGAUCAAGACGCUUACAAUUUGAUGAUGAUUUCGCGGAUCGUUUAAAUUAUCAGUAUACAAGUGUCCUGUUAUUUUUAUUUAUUGGUCUAAUCGGUGUACGUCAGUAUGUUGGAAAGCCAAUUCAAUGUUGGAUACCUCAAGAAUUCACUAGAGGUUGGGAAGAAUAUGCAGAAAACUAUUGUUGGGUAGCAAAUACCUAUUUUGCACCGAUUGAGAAUCGUUUACCACCAGUACCAGAUAGACGUGAACUCCUGCUGGUUUAUUAUCAAUGGGCACCGAUUGUAAUGGCUGCACAAGCUUUAUUAUUCUAUUUACCAUGUUUAAUGUGGCGACUAGGUAUGGCACAUUCUGGUUUCAAUUUACAUCGUGUCUUACAAAUGGCAGCUGAAGCGAAUGAAAUGCUACCAGAAGCAACUGCCAAGACAGUUCGUAUCCUGUCACAUUAUAUCAAGAGUUGUAUACAACGACAAAGAUUGUAUAAAUAUACUAAUCAAUUUAAAAAUUUUGGACUUUACAAUCGACUUGUAAAUGAAGCUUCAGUUGAAAAAUCUCAUCAACAUUUUCAUCCGCAAACUGGACAAAUUGAUGAGGAACGUAUACCGUGUCCUACAAAAUCUGGUCAGUUGUAUCCUACCAAUAAUAAUACUAAUCAUAAUAAUAAUAAUGUGAUUUAUCCAACUGAAUCAUUUGUAGAAGAAAAUACACUCCCCUGUAUGAUGAUGACAAAAACGCUGAACGGGAAUUCUGUAAAUGCCAUAAAAAUGCAAAGUGAACAUACUUUGUGCAAUGAGAGUAGAGACCAUUCGAUAAGUUCGAACUCGUCUGCAGAUACUUUACAUAAAGGACGUGGAAGGAAAGCCGCUCCACCUCCGCCACCAAAAUCAACGACAACCCUGGAAAAAUCUACAAAACGCUCUACUCUGGAUGGAUAUCAUACUGGGAGUCAACCAGCAGAUGCAAAAGAUAUGAAAACAUCUGAAAAUAUAACUAGUUCACAAGAAAGCAAAAAGAAGCCCCCGUGUAAAGUUUCAAUUGAAACAAAUAGAAAAUUAGGUCAAACACUUAAAGAUUUUGGAAAGGAGCAUAAAAAAUUCUCAUAUUUCAAUACAUUCAUUUGUUGGUGUUCAUUGUGUGGUAAAGAACAAGGGAAUUUCUUAGUCACACUAUAUAUGUUUGUUAAAUUUAGUUACCUGUCAAAUGUGAUUGGACAAAUUUAUCUCAUGCAAUAUUUUAUUGGUACAAAGUAUACAAUGUAUGGUGCUCAAGUAUUAGUUGAUUUAGUCAAAGGACAAGAAUGGCAUCAUUCUGGACAUUUUCCAAGAGUAACAUUUUGUGAUUUAGAGGCUAAAAAACUUGGAAAAAAUCAUAUUUAUACUCUUCAAUGUGUUCUACCGCUGAAUAUGUUCUUAGAGAAAAUUUACAUCUUCUUAUGGUUUUGGCACGUGCUGAUUGCCUUUAUAACGCUGAUCAGUUUUAUUGUUUGGUUCUAUCGAAUCUAUUGGCCAACAGCACGAAUCAAAUUUAUUACAGAUCAUUUAAAAGUAUUAAAUUUAAUUCCUAUUAAUAAAGAUUUAAAAACCGAGAUUAGAAUACAAGAAUUUGUGAAUUAUUAUCUAGGCUUAGAUGGUCUAUUUGUAAUACGCUUGAUUACAGCGAAUUGUGGUAUUCUACUGGCGGGUGAAUUAACUGCUGAUCUAUGGCAAAGUUAUCAGUAUUUGUGUAAUGAACAAAUUAUCCCUGAACCUAGUACAACAUAUAUUUGUUUAAAUAAACCACAUAUAAGCCUACCUGGGAAUAUUCAACAUCAAACUGCAAAAGAUUCGACGCCUUCUUCUAUGCAUGAGCUAUUACAUCAAUGGAAAGGAUUACCAGCUCCGUAUAUCACAUAUAGUCGAUUACCGGGAGCUGUCAACCCUUACUUUUGGAUGGAAAAUCUUAAACCUAACGGAGAUGAUGACGAAAACGCCGAACAACAACAACUAGAACAACAACAACAAGCACAAGAAACAGCGCAUAGACAUGAUUUUAAACUUUCAAAAUUCCCGCUAUCAACAGAUGAACAUGAUGAUAAUUUACUGGGCAGUCACUCGGCGCAUUUCGGGAGUCAAUUAUCUACUAGUAAUAAAAUGAAACAAAAUAAUAUGCAUCGGUCACAUUCACGACGGUUAGGUAAUUCCACAGAUGAUAUAGUCUAACCUACUAUACAUAAUAUAUAUACAGAGAUAAAUGUAUACUCAAAACCUUUUUAGCGCGUUUUUCUGUGUGUAUGAAUGUGUAUGUCUGCUUGUUUGCUUGCUUGUUUGUUUGUUAAUUGAUAUCAAUUUCAUUCCUAACAUUAGCUAUCAGAAAUUUUAAACUUUGAGGUUAAAUAGAACUAAUCUUUUAAACAAAUCAUUUGUUCAAUGUUUUGCUUUGUCAUAACUGUAUCGCUUCCUAUCACAAAUAAUUGAGACAUAAAUAUAUUUACAUUCACUAAAACUUAAUUUUCAACUAAUGAGUAACAUUGCCUACUGAAAGCAAUUCCAAAUUCAAAUUACGCGCGUGCGAAAAAUUUCAUUUAAAAAAACAAAAACAUCAUUCGUU